UCCGAAAGUUGCAGAAUUAAGAAAAAUCUUUGAACCAAAGAGGAAAGAAUUUUUAGAAAUGAAAAGAAAAGAAAGAAUUGCCAGGCGCCUCGAAGGAAUCGAAACGGACACGCAGCCCAUCCUGCUGCAGAGCUGCACGGGCUUAGUGACUCAUCGCCUGCUGGAGGAAGACACGCCCAGAUACAUGCGAGCCACAGACCCGGCCAGCCCCCACACCGGCCGGUCCAAUGAAGAGGAGGACACUUCAGAUUCCUCAGUGGAAAAACAGACCCGCUCCAAACUCUGCACUGAAACCUUGGGCGUCCAUGCUGACCCCUCCUGUGGUUCAGGUCUCAUGGACACCCAGGCUCUGGAGUCCAAAGCGGAGAGAAUCGCGCGGUACAAAGCGGAAAGGAGACGGCAGCUGGCCGAGAAAUACGGGAUAGCACUGGAUUCCGAAGCAGACUCGGAAUCGCCGUCCCGAUACACCAAGUCCAGGAAGGACGCCGAUGCUGCUGACAAGAGGGGAGGGAAAGGUGACAGACAGGCCGAGACAGGCAAAGAUUCAAGCUCUCUGUACUCCAAGGACUAUGCCCUCUCUGGGGGCGAUGGGCUUUCGGACACCGAGGUGCUGCUCAAUGUGGAAAACCAAAGACGGGGUCAGGAGCCUAGCACCACUGGGCAGGCCCGUGACCUGGCCCCCACGGUUGAGAGUUCCUCAUCCUUCCCAUUCCCUGGGCGAGACUGUGCCUUCAGUGACGUGCCAAGGUCCCCAAAGCAAAUGCACAGCAUGUCCCUCUCCUCGCCUCGGCCACCGGCCUCCCCGAGCCACUCUGCUGGUGACCCGCCACUCCCUCCUGAGGCCCGAGUCAGAGUUAAGGUUAGAGAAAAAAUGGUGAAAGAGGAGAGUGCUCGCAGCAGCCCUGAGGUGGCCUCCGAGCCCUUCACUCAGAGGAGACAUCAGCCAGUGCCCAUCCAUUGCUCGUCCUUUCAGUCAGAAAAUUCGGCCUUUGAUAGGGUCUUGAGCAAGGCAGCCAGCUCUGCGGGACAGCCGAUCCGAGGCUACGUCCAGCCGGCGGACCCCAUUCACACGGCCACGCUGGUGACCUCAGAGAUCCCAGAAAACGUGUCUGAAUGCAGCUGGGGGGGGUCCGCCACCCAGAAUGUCAGAAAGCCUUCCACCUUAAAGGUUCUAGAAAGCGAGAGAAGGGAUACCCCAGUUCUCCAUAUUUGUGAAUCGAAAGCGGAGGAAGAUAUGCUCUUCACCGAAGCUCUCGAGAAAAGCAGGAAAUCACUUUUGGCGUUGGAGGACCAUGGGCUUACGCGAAGCCACGAAGACCCCUCUGGAAACGAUGACGUCGGCAAGCCUGCUGGGAGCCCAGUGCCCUCAGAACAUCAGAAGGAACCAGAGAGCCUGUCACACCCGCCUCCCGCUCAGCAACCGCCCACUGAGAGGAUAAGCAGACACGAGAUGGUCUUGUACGUUCAGAGCCAGCCCGUGUCACAAGAUGCCAGGGCGACAGGCCACAGACAGGAAGCCUUGGUGAAGAAACGCAGGGUCCUCACCCGCUCCCUGUCUGACUACACGGGCCCCCCUCAGCUGCAGGCCCUGAAGGGUAAGGACCCCGCGUUCAGGCAAGAACCGGAGCCGCAGAGUUCCAAAGCUGAAGGGCCCCCCCCGGAAGUCGGCGUGCUGGACACGAAGGUCUCUGUUGCCCAGCUCCGAAAUGCGUUUCUGGAGUCUGUCCAUGCCAGCAAGAAACCUGAACUGUCUGCUUCGCAUUCAGAAAUGCUGGCCGCGGAGGAUGAAGAGAAGGUAGACGAACGAGCCAAGCUGAGUGUCGCUGCCAAGAGGCUGCUUUUCAGGGAAAUGGAAAAAUCAUUUGAUGAGAAAAACGUUCCUAAGCGACGCUCCAGAAACGCGGCUGUGGAGCAAAGGCUGCGGCGGCUCCAGGACCGAUCCCACACCCAGCCCGUUACCACCGAGGAGGUGGCCAUUGCAGCCACAUUACAGGCAUCUGCUCACCACAAAGCUUUAGCCAGAGACCAGGCAAAUGAGGGCAAAGAUUCUGCUGAACAAGGUGAACCUGACUCCUCCACUCUAAGCUUAGCAGAGAAGUUGGCCUUGUUUAACAAAUUGUCUCAGCCAGUCUCAAAAGCUAUUUCUACCCGAAACAGAAUAGACAUGAGACAGAGGAGAAUGAGCGCUCGCUAUCAGACUCAGCCGGUCACGCUCGGGGAGGUGGAACAGGUGCAAAGUGGAAAGCUCAUUCCUUUCUCACCGACUGUUAACACCUCUGUGUCCACUGUGGCAUCUACGGUCACACCGAUGUACGCAGGGGAUCUUCGGACAAAGCUGUCUGUGGACGACAACACGAGUGCCACUGACUAUAAGUUUCCUUCUUCGAUAGAAAAUUCAGAUUCUCCGGUUAGAAGCAUCCUGAAGUCCCAAGCCUGGCAGCCUUCAGCAGAGAGUAGUGGGAGCAGAGGAAUGUUGAGAGAGUUUGGAGAGGCCGAAAGCAAGAGAGUUUUGACAGGUGGAGAUGGUGGUAAAAAGUACGGGUCCUUCGAGGAAGCAGAGCCAUCCUGCCCUACCUUUAACAGAGUCCGGGAAGGAGACAGCCAUAAGGAACCCAAAUAUGCCGUUCCGAGAAAGGGCAGCCUGGAACUAGGCCAUCCUCCCGUCGCCCACCUUGGUGACGAGCUGAAGGAAUUCUCCAUGGGUAAAAGUCUCGCACAGGGGAGCCCAGACUUGAAGGACAGGCAGCCCUUUGAAGAGAAGGUCGACAUGGAGAAUGUCCCAAGAAGGAAGUUUUCACUAAGAGCUGCAGAGUUCGGGGAGCCCCCUUCUGAGCAGACGGGUCUGGCUACUGGGAAGACUGUGGCCCCCACCGCAGCCCCCGUGUCCUGGAGGCAGCAAGAUCCUGCAGAACCAGGGCAGGAGAAAUACUCCAGGAGUCCGUGUGCGAUGUUCGCUGCCGGAGAGAUCAAAGUGCCUGUGGUGGAGGGCAUCCUCGAUUCAGCCGGCAAAACCAUGUCUAUUAAAGAGAGGUUAGCGCUGUUGAAGAAGAGUGGGGAAGAAGAUUGGAAAAACAGACUCAUCAGAAAGCAGGAGUAUGGCAAGGCGUCUGUCACCAGCAGCCUGCACAUCCAAGAAAUGGAACAGUCCCUCAAGAAGAAGCGGGUCACAGAAAGUCGAGAGAGCCAGAUGACUAUCGAAGAGAGGAAGCAUCUCAUCUCUGUGAGAGAAGAAGCCUGGAAGACAAAAGGCAAAGGGGCGGCCAACGACUCCACCCAGUUUACAGUGGCUGGUAGAAUGGUGAAGAAAGGUUUGGCAUCACCCACGGCCAUAACUCCAGUGGCGUCUCCCAUCUGCAGUAAAACGAGGGGCACCACACCAGUUUCUAAGCCCUUGGAAGAUAUCGAAGCGAGACCUGACAUGCAGUUGGAAUCGGACCUGAAGCUCGACAGGCUGGAAACCUUUCUGAGGAGGCUGAAUAACAAAGUUGGCGGAGAGACCGUACUCACGGUCACUGGGAAAUCUGUGAAGGAGGUCAUGAAGCUGGACGAUGACGAGACCUUUGCCAGAUUUUACCGCAGCAUGGAUGACACCGUCCCGCGAAGCCCCGUGGAGCUGGACGAGGAUUUUGAUGUCAUUUUCGAUCCUUAUGCCCCUAAGUUGACCUCCUCUGUGGCCGAGCACAAGCGUGCAGUGAGGCCCAAGCGUCGGGUCCAGGCUUCCAAAAACCCCUUGAAAAUGCUGGCAGCCAGAGAAGACCUCCUUCAGGAAUACACGGAGCAGAGACUAAACGUUGCCUUUAUGGAGUCGAAGCGGAUGAAAGUAGAAAAGAUGUCUGCCAACUCCAACUUCUCCGAAGUCACUCUGGCAGGUUUAGCCAGUAAAGAAAACUUCAGCAACAUCAGCCUGCGGAGCGUCAAUCUGACCGAACAGAAUUCCAACAACAGCGCGGUGCCCUACAAGAAGCUGAUGCUCCUACAGAUUAAAGGAAGAAGACAUGUGCAGACCAGACUGGUUGAACCUCGAGCUUCGUCCCUCAACAGUGGGGACUGCUUCCUCCUGCUCUCUCCCCAUUACUGUUUCGUGUGGGUAGGAGAGUUUGCAAAUGUCAUAGAAAAGGCAAAGGCCUCAGAACUGGCAAGUUUAAUUCAGACGAAGAGGGAACUUGGUUGUAGAGCUACCUAUGUCCAGACUAUCGAAGAAGGAAUUAAUACACACACUCAUGCGGCCAAAGACUUCUGGAAGCUUCUGGGCGGCCAAAGUAGUUACCAGUCUGCUGGAGACCCAAAAGAAGAUGAACUUUAUGAAACAGCCAUAAUUGAAACAAACUGCAUUUACCGUCUGAUGGACGACAAACUUGUCCCUGAUGACGACUACUGGGGGAAGAUUCCCAAGUGCUCCCUUCUGCAGUCAAAAGAGGUACUGGUGUUCGACUUCGGUAGUGAAGUGUACGUGUGGCACGGAAAAGAAGUCACAUUAGCACAACGGAAAAUAGCUUUUCAGCUGGCAAAGCACUUAUGGAAUGGAACCUUUGACUAUGAGAACUGUGACAUCAACCCGUUGGAUCCUGGAGAAUGCAACCCGCUUAUUCCCAGGAAAGGACAGGGGCGACCGGAUUGGGCAAUAUUCGGGAGACUUACAGAACACAAUGAGACAAUUUUGUUCAAAGAGAAGUUCCUUGACUGGACUGAACUGAAGAGACCUAAUGAGAAGAGCGCCAGCGAACUUGCCCAGCCAAAGGAAGAUCCUAGGGCCGAAGCCAAGCCGUACGAUGUGGCGCUGAUGGUGCCGGUGCCCCAGGCGACAGCGGGCACAGUGCUGGACGGGGUGAACGUGGGUCGCGGCUACGGCCUGGUGGAAGGCGACGACAGGAGGCAGUUUGAGAUCACCAGCGUGUCUGUGGAUGUCUGGCACAUCCUGGAGUUCGACUACAGCAGGCUUCCCAAACAGAGCAUCGGGCAGUUCCACGAGGGGGACGCCUAUGUGGUCAAGUGGAAGUACAUGGUGAGCACCGCAGUGGGAAGUCGACAAAAGGGAGAGCACUCAGUACGGGUGGCUGGCAAGGAGAAGUGUGUCUACUUCUUCUGGCAAGGCCGGCAGUCGACCGUGAGUGAGAAGGGCACGUCGGCUCUGAUGACCGUGGAGCUGGAUGAGGAGAGGGGUGCCCAGGUCCAGGUUCUGCAGGGAAAGGAGCCCCCCUGCUUUCUGCAAUGUUUCCAAGGGGGGAUGGUCGUGCACUCCGGGAGACGGGAAGAGGAGGAAGAAAAUGCACAAAGCGAGUGGAGGCUGUACUGUGUGAGAGGAGAAGUGCCCAUGGAAGGAAACUUGCUGGAAGUGGCCUGUCACUGUAGUAGCCUGAGGUCCAGGACUUCCAUGGUUGUCCUCAACGUAAACAAAGCCCUCAUUUACUUGUGGCACGGAUGCAAAGCCCAAGCCCACACGAAGGAGGUUGGAAGGACUGCAGCAAAUAAAAUCAAAGAACAAUGUCCCCUGGAAGCAGGACUGCAUAGUAGCAGCAAAGUGACAAUACACGAGUGUGACGAGGGAUCCGAGCCCCUGGGCUUCUGGGAUGCUUUAGGAAGGAGAGAUAGGAAAGCCUACGACUGCAUGCUUCAAGAUCCUGGAAAUUUUAACUUCACACCCCGCCUGUUCAUCCUCAGCAGUUCCUCUGGUGAUUUCGCAGCCACGGAAUUCAUGUACCCUGCCCGAGACCCCUCCGUGGUCAAUUCCAUGCCCUUCCUGCAGGAAGAUCUUUAUAGUGCCCCGCAGCCAGCUCUUUUCCUGGUUGACAAUCACCAUGAGGUGUACCUCUGGCAAGGCUGGUGGCCCAUUGAGAACAAGAUCACCGGUUCAGCCCGCAUUCGCUGGGCCUCCGACCGGAAGAGCGCCAUGGAGACAGUUCUCCGGUACUGCAAAGGAAAAAAUAUCAAGAGGCCGCCCCCCAAGUCUUACCUUAUCCAUGCUGGUCUGGAGCCCCUGACCUUCACCAACAUGUUCCCCAGCUGGGAGCACAGAGAGGACAUCGCCGAGAUCACAGAACUGGAUACGGAAGUUUCCAAUCAAAUCACCCUUGUGGAAGAUGUGUUAGCCAAACUCUGUAAAACCAUUUACCCCCUGGCCGAUCUGCUGGCCAGGCCACUGCCCGAGGGAGUUGAUCCUCUGAAGCUUGAGAUUUAUCUCACAGAUGAAGACUUCGAGUUUGCACUAGACAUGACAAGAGAGGAGUACAGCGCACUGCCUGCGUGGAAGCAGGUGAACCUGAAGAAAGCGAAAGGUCUGUUCUGAGCGGGAGAGAUGCUGGAGGAACCUCUGUCGUCACUUUCAAUACCAUUGGACCAGGGAAAUGGGUAUUUUUUUUUUUUUCUUGGACUGGUAUUUAAAAAAAAAAACACACACAACAAAGAUUUUUUAAAUCAGGGUUUUCCAAAACCUGAAGUGAUCAGCUCUACUGCUUGUCCCGGAUUUGUGCAUUUUGUAAAUGUUUAAGAGAGCCCUUUGGAAACUCUCUUUCCACGAUUCAGCAGGUGAUGUUAAUAAAGGCGUCCCCCACGUGCACAUGCGCGGUGGUUCCCGCGCUGCCCGCCGCGUCCGGUGGGCUGCCUACCUUUUUUUGGAAGCAAUUCUCUUUCUAAAGUGUUAUUUUGAUAGUUUGUGGGUUCUAAAAUAUAUAUAUUUAUAUAAACACCAUAUAAAUCAAAUACGUAUUUAACAAAGCAGUAUGUAUCCAUUCACUCUUACGAUUUGUUUUUCUUUUGGUGUCAAAAUAAUUUUAAAAGGUAGAUGGAGUCGCUUCUGUGGCAUUAGCUCGGGCACCCCUCCGUAUUUUCACACACGUUCAGAAACGUCUCCUUCAGCAUUAGGUCUGACUUGUUCUGAGUGCUGCUUCUGGUGCUAAAAUGAACAAAUGAAUUUGUACUUCCUGGCAUGGGCUCUGAAGACUCUGUGCGAAUCCACCUCUCUACCUUAAUAUCUCCCCGAAAUGUAUAGUGCCUUGUUUUUAUGUACAGUUUAUAUACAGAAAAGUUUGCUCUGCAUUUUUUGAUGAUGGUUUGGAACAAUUAUCUCCAAUUUUACUCUCAAAUAGUAGAAAGGAAAAAAAAAAUCUCAAAUUUCUAACACCUAUUGUAAACAUGAAACAUGUCAUUUUGCGAUACAGAACUCCAAAAUAAAAGCUUCAAGAAUAAACACAGUAAUUGAUUGAUUCA